AUGUCGUCGUUCCUUUUCCGCCGCGCCACCGCCGCCACAGCUGGAGCUGCCCGCGCAUUCAGCACCACCUCCCCGCGCUCCAUCGCCCGCAUCACCAUCGUCGGCAACCUGGCCGAUGCGCCCGAGGCCCAGGUCGGCGGCUCCGAGCAAAACCCCAAGGAAUACAUCAGAUACGCCGUCGCGAGCAACAGCGGGAGCAAGGAGAACCGCCAGACCAGCUGGUUCCGCGUGACGGGCUUUGUGGACGGUCCUCGCAAGGACUUUUUGCUGGGCCUGCCUAAGGGCACCCUGGUUUAUGUUGAGGGCGAUGCGAGCAUCAGCUCUUACCAGGAUUCCAAUGGACAGACCAGACACGGCCUCAGCGUUAUCCAGCGCAGCAUCGAGGUUCUAAAGCGCCCCUCACUGCCUGAGCAGGGCGAGUAA